AUGGAGAAGAAGAAGAAGAAGCAGAAGCAAAACCCAUCAUGGCAAGAUCUAAACCCCUUCCUACUAUCAAAAAUAUUUUCUUUUCUAAGCCCACAUAACCAGUUAUUUGGCCCACCUUAUGUUUGUCAUUCAUGGCUCUCAGCAACCUUACACAACCUCUUCAAAAACUCCAAUCUUGACCUCCGGUUAAUCGACACCCUUCAUCGAAAAAAACAACGGCUGAGAUUCACCCACCUCCUCAAACUAGCCAUCAAUCACUACCAUGGAUGGGUUUCAAUCCAAUUCCCUUCUAAACACAAGUUUGGAUACUUUGGCACUGUCUACAUAGCAGAGAACACUCCCAAUAUCACUAGUGUUGCUCUCUCCUCUGAAGCCUCUGUGAAUAUGGCUCCAAUCUUUGUCUCUCUCCUGUACUGGCAAAAAUUGAAAAUUUUCGAGGCACGGAUUAGCCCGAAUGGGGGUUGUUUGGUAAUUUCACAAUUGGCUGAUUGGUGCAAGAACAUGACAGAGAUUAGGCUUCAUGGAAGUGUAUUGAUGGAGAGAGAAGUGACUUGUUUGGUUGAGGGGCUUUCUGGGUUAAAGAUUUUGGAUGUUUGUGAAUCUACAUUGUCUUGUGCUGCUCUGGGAAUUAUGUUAGAUGGGAGAUUGAAGUGUGUGAGGGAGAUAAAUGUAUUGCACUGUAAAUUUGUCGGCAACAAUGGUGAGGAUGCUCGAGCAGACUAUUUGGAAUUCAGGGUAUUCAGGGAUGAUAUGCUUGAAAAAGCUUGUGGGAUGAAGAGUUUGAAGAAGUUUGUCCAUUGUUUGGAGGGAACUUGUUUGCAUUGCAAGAAUAGGUCUUCGGAGAAUAAAUGA